AUGGACGAGGAACAGAAUGAUCCGGCCAAGGGAACACACAACCGGGAUCAAGAAGCACUGGAGGCCAUAACCUUGGUGAAUGAAUGGGACCGAGCACUUACAAGAACUGACGGAGGGACAGGACGGAUGGCUAGGAUUCUCAGUAUACUUAGCGCAUCCAGCACAAGAUCCUCAUGCAUUUUUAAUGUACAGCGGAUUCUGAAAGGGGUUCAACCGACGGAUCAGAUAACCAGCGGAGGGAUGGCGUUCAAACGACACAUCAGAGAGCCGAGGGAGGGUAGUCUUAGGAUAACCGGUAGUUGUCCUGUGACCGGGGAAUCUUGUGGAGCAAUGCCUCUCCCACCAAGGCUUUUCCACGGCGAUGUGGAAUUGGGGAAACGAGAUGAUGAUCAUAAGCCUGGCUCGAAUGUGCCACUAGGAUUGGCUUGGAAACAUCGAAAGCCACAUGUUCAACGUCGAUCGAUUAAGAAGAUUAUAUUAUGUUUAUUGGUUGGAAUCGGGAUCUAUUACUUCUAUAAGAAUAUGCCGACAGAUCUUCAAAAUCCGCGACAGAGACCUCAUUAUACUCAGACUGGAGCGGCACCUGCAAAAGCUGGCCCGAAAGCUCCCUCUUCCCAACCGAAUCCAAAUCAUGUCUCGAAAACAAAAGAUGGUGAAUCUGCCGAGAUAACUGGGCAUGACUACAAUGGUCCCAUUAGAUUCUAUCAAUUGGCUACAACUUUACAUGCGAUGUCGAGGGUCAAAGGUUCUGAUCCUGUAAACAAUAAUGUGUUAUUCGCAGCUUCGAGUUUGAAAAGCGCUUCAACUUUAUUACCUAUUGCAUGCGAAAUGGCUUUGAGAGAAAGAAAUUAUGUACAUUUUGCGUUCAUGGGAAGGGAUGAUAUUCCUAUGGACAUAUUGAAGUCCGUUAAUGGUAUUAAUAAGGAUUGCCAGAUUUUCUUUCAUGAUGCACGACCCGACUAUUCUUUACAGAGCUCAGAUUUUCGAAUGGAAGUUAGUUGUUCUGCUGGUCUUAAGCAUAUCAACUCCUUUGUCCACCCACAAGCUGUUAUUGUCGAUGCAUCUGGGGAUGAGAAUGAUUACUUGAUCUCGGCGUUUAAGACCCGAGCCAAUGCACUAGACAUAACCCUGAUUGAACUCCCUGCGAAUGUUGAACAAAAUCUUAUGUGGAUUGUUCAAUUGGAUAGUGCCUCAUUGAGUGCUUGGACCAAAAUCAGUAUCGAUGUAAUCGUUCACGCGCAGCCAGAAAGAUCUGGAUCCUUAAUUAGGUUACUCACAUCUCUCAAGAAUGCCGAUUAUUUUUCCAGCAAUGUACCACGAUUAACGAUAGAAUUACCGCACGAUGUGGAGGAACCUACCAAGCGAUUUCUUUCAAAAUUCAAGUGGCCACCAAGCCGUAGUCAAGGCGAGAGUAGUCUCCUGACACUUCGUCAUCGAAUUCCACAACACGGACUUACUGCAGAGGAAAAUUCGAUUAAAUUCAUGGAAUCAUUCUGGCCUGCAGAUCCUAUGUUCGCCCAUGUCCUUGUUCUCUCUCCCCAAGCCGAACUUUCGCCUCUCUAUUUCCAUUACCUCAAAUUCGCGCUAUUAGAGUACAGGUACUCUUAUAAUAGAGCGGUGGCUCAAAAGGAUUUGCUUGGGAUAAGUCUUGAUCUUCCAAUCACUUAUCUCAAUGAUUCAACGGAAUUUACUCCACCCAAAUCAACAAGUACAAAACCUAGUCCAUUUUUAUGGCAAGCUCCAAAUAGUAACUCUGCUCUUUAUUUUGGAGACAAAUGGAUGGAACUUCAUGAUUUCACAGCCAGAACGAUGUUUUCCCAACAUAGCUCACAUCCACCAACUUCUUUGGGUAAUAACUACGUCAGUAAAACAUAUCCAUCAUGGUUAGAGUAUGUCCUCAAAUUAGCGAGCACACGCGGCUACUGGACUCUUUAUCCCCAUUUUGAGAGCUGGGAUGCUCUAUCUACAAUCCAUACAGAUCUUUAUACACCGCCAGAAGAGUACAUGAACAAUCCGGAUGAGGCAAUGGAUUUCACAGCAAACUCAGCUGAACAUCUAUCUUUAAAACAUAAAGACAAGCCAUUGAUAAAAGGUUCCCUACAAACGCUUCUAUCGGAUUUACCUGUCGAACUUUCCGAGAUGCAAAUGAUUGGCUGGGAUGGCGAGGAUAUUGACAACGAAGUGCUACAAUUACGAGCCAAGGAAUACAGUCGAAUUUUCCGGCAAGAAAUCGGAGGAUGUGCCACUGGAGUUGCAGGAAAGAAAAGAGUUCAUAUGCUGGCAGAGGACUUAUUUUGUUCAGGGGAUGAGCCAUUGGAGUCUUUGGAAUCUGUUGCGCCAAUACCACUUAAGGCAACUUCCGCCUUGGAGUUAAAGGACACUACCGGUACUAGCAAGACAGCCACAAAAGUCGAUGGUGUGGUUAGUAAUGUAGAUAAGUCUUCUACUUAG